GAAAACGUACGGCUGCUACUAAGAAUCGAGAAGACUCAGGUGCCAGAUUUGCCUCGCCUGCAUCCAGUUCCACGCGCGCUCCGCUUCAGCUAACCGGCGAUGGGAGCCGGAAUUACCGCCGGCGCCACCGCCCGCCUCGUCGUCGUUCCGCUCCUGCUGCUACCCCUACUCCUCGCGCGCGGCGCCGAGGCUGUCAGCCUCUGGCGGCCGCCGCCGGAGGCCGGGCUCCUGGGCUCCGCCCCAGGCAGGUUCCUGACGCAGGAGGAGCACUGGAUGAGCCAAACCCUCGACCACUUCUCCCCCACCGAUCAUCGGCAAUUCAAGCAGCGGUACUACGAAUUUCUCGAUUACCACCGAGCUCCAAAUGGCCCGGUCUUCUUAAAUAUAUGUGGAGAAGCUUCAUGCAGUGGGAUUUCUAACAACUACUUAGCUGUGAUGGCCAAGAAGUUUGGCGCUGCUUUGGUUUCUCCCGAGCAUCGAUACUAUGGGAAGAGUUCCCCUUUUGAGGAUUUGACGACAGAAAAUCUAAGGUUCUUGUCAUCAAAGCAGGCUUUAUCAGACCUGGCUGUUUUCCGCCAGUAUUAUCAGGAAACAUUAAAUGCCAAGUAUAAUCGCUCAGGAGCAGACAAUUCUUGGUUUGUGUUUGGAGGGUCGUACUCUGGAGCUCUCAGUGCUUGGUUCAGAUUGAAAUUUCCUCACUUAACAUGUGGAAGUCUUGCAAGUUCAGGGGUUGUUCUUGCUGUUUACAACUUUACUGACUUCGACAAACAGAUUGGGGAGUCAGCUGGUCCAGAAUGCAAAGGAGCACUUCAAGAAGUAACAAGACUUGUUGAUGGACAACUUCAGUCUGGCCACAACUCGGUUAAAGAACUGUUUGGAGCAAAAAUGUUAGAAAAUGAUGGUGACUUCCUUUACCUACUAGCAGACGCUGCAGCUAUUGCGUUCCAAUAUGGCAACCCUGAUGUUUUGUGCUCCCCACUAGUUGAAGCAAAGAAGAAUGGUACGGAUUUGGUGGAAGCAUUUGCUCAUUACGUGAACGACUAUUAUGUUGGGACAUUUAGGGCACCAGUUGCAUCAUAUGAUCAGAACUAUUUGAAGAACACAACCCCUGCUGAAUCUUCAUAUCGAUUGUGGUGGUAUCAAGUUUGCAGUGAGGUUGCAUAUUUCCAAGUGGCGCCAAAAAAUGAUAGCGUCCGUUCUGCAAAGAUUGAUACAAGGUAUCAUUUAGACUUGUGCAAAAAUGUUUUUGGGGAAGGAGUUUAUCCUGAUGUGUCCAUGACAAACUUAUACUAUGGAGGCACAAGAAUUGCAGGUUCUAAAAUUGUUUUUGCAAAUGGCUCUCAAGACCCAUGGCGCCAUGCUUCCAAGGAGAAAUCAUCGGAAGAACUGCCAUCAUACUUAAUUGAGUGCAGCAACUGUGGGCAUUGCACUGAUAUCUCCGGAUGCCCUCAAGCACCCUCAAAUAUUGGAGGUGAUUCAUCCAAAUGCUCAUCUCCAGAAGCAGUGAACAAAGUAAGGAAGCAGAUCGUCGAUCACAUCGACCUGUGGUUGUCAGAGUGCCAAGACCAAGGACACGGCGCGGUGACGAAGCGGGGGAGCAGAUGGAGCAUAGCCACCUACUGAUCACCUCUGCAGGCGAACGCGCACGAUAUUGCUGUUAUUUACACGAAACACGAAUAAUACAGGCAGACGAAACAACUAGGCGAUUGGCGGCCAUGAAAUCUUACUACUGGGGGGUGCAGAUAUGAGACUACUUGUGUACCUUAUAUGGUCAGGGAUGUAUACGUGCAGAGAAUACCAUGAUAUGUGCUACAUGUAACCGAAUUGUGCACUAAACUUGCUGGAUGCUGCUGAUGUCAAAAAAAAAAACUUGCUGGA